AUGCAAAGGGGACCUACGAUCUGGACUGCAAGCCUGGUGUGCCCCGACAGAAGAUACGAUCCUGCGCGGCGGCGAGAGACAGCAGACUUUCAGCUUCGGGAGUCUUGGAGUUCGAGCCGGGAGAGGUCGUGGAGUAUUUUAGUGCAUCGCAGAGCGACUGGAUAUUGGCAAAAGUUGCUUGGACGCUGCACUCAUGUAGAUCGGCUUGGUAUGCUGCGUCGGAUCUCAACUUGUCCGCCUGGCGUUACUCAGCAGCAGGUCCUGAGCAUCAAUCCCAACGGCACCUACAACUUGGAUUGCAAGCCAGAUGUACCACCGGAGCGAGUGCGGGCCCAGCGUGACAAUGACUUGGUCCGAAGCCCGCUGCAAAAACUCCAGAAGCCCACUCGUUUACGGCAGGCCAGCACCAUCUUCAAUCUUUGCCAGGUGCAAGCAUUGGAGCCGGUACAACUCCUGCGAGUGCAGCGGGCCGGCAGUAGGUGGCAGUACGAGGUGUGUAGCGAGGGAGCCCAGGCCUUGGAAGCUUUCGGUGAAAAACGCAUUGCAGUGGUGUCGAUCUGCGGGAUGCGCGGCACCGGAAAGAGCUACCUUCUGAAUGCCCUCCUUGACGGGAUGAACAAUGCGCCCAAGUUCAAGGUCGGGUCCGGGUCGGGUGACGGCACCGCCGGGCUUUGGCUUUGGAGUUACCAGGACCCUGAAGAGGAGCAUGCCCCUGUGAUGGCCUUCCUAGAUUGCGAGGGUUUCGGCAACGACUCCGACCGUGAUGCUCAGAUGAUGUCCUUGUGCGCCUUGCUGUCCUCCGUCCUUGUCCUGAACACAAAGGGAACGCUGCACGACAGCGUCUUCAGCUCGCUCGCGCAGAUUUGCCGUUUUGCUGAGCACAUGGAAGAACGCGGUCAGGAGGUGAGUCGCCCAGCUCUGCUGUGGGUGCUGAGGGACUUUGCGCUAGAGCUUCGCGAUGCUGCUGGUCAUACUAUGAGCUCGGAUGAAUACCUGGAACAAGCUCUGCAUGCUGCAGAUGCACGUGGGGCUGGCAAAGAGGUGCGCCAGAACCUGCUCCAGUUCUUCAAUCACAGGAGUUGUACCACGUUGGUCCAGCCAGCAGGUGCUGAGAAUGACCCGCAAAAGCUUCAGGAUAUACCAUAUCCGUCAGUGAGCAGCGAGUUUCGAGCUGGUGUGGAGGCCAUGUUGGCACAGCUUGUUGCGAUCUGUCACUCGCAUCCCAAGAUGGUGGGUGGGCAGUCGCUUGGCUGUGCCUCCUUUGCGGCUUUGUCGAAGCACUUGGUGGAAGCAAUGAAUGAGUCCAAGCAGCUGAGCGUGAAGGGUGCAUGGGACGCCGUGCAACACACCACUUGUGGCGGUCUUGCUGACGAGCUUCGUGGAAUCGCUUCGCAGAAGCUGAAACUCCUGAAAUCUGGACAGGCCUUGCCUGAUGGAACACAGCUGCCGAUGACGGAUGAAGCACUCAGGGCCUUCUUCCGAAAUCAGCGCCAUGAGCUGAAGGACCGAUGGGAAGAACAAGCAGUCGGAGACGAGGAGGUGCGAAAAGAGUAUUGGCAAGAGCUGAAGGAGACGUUGGCCCGCGAGGAGUUGCAAGUGCGGCAGCAGAACGGCCGCCUUGCAGAUCAACAGCUCUCGCAAAGCUUAAAGCUUUGGCAGGACUGGCUUGAUAACUCCGAAGGCACCAUCGAGGAAGGCGAAAAGAUCUCGGCAGAUUUGGGAAAGCUUUUGGAACACUUGCCUACGACGACCGUGGCUCGAGCAGGGCGUGCAGCCAUCGAGGCUGCUGCAAGACGAGUCGCGGGAGCCCGCACAGCUGUGGUCGCCACUGUCGAGCAAUCGGCAGAAGCUCAGCGACGGGCGCUUGCCUGGGGAGAGCAGGCAGCAAAACUUGAAGGCAACGUUCGUGCCGAGCUCGAGGCCACGAAGGCUGCCAUCAAGAAGGCCGCAGAUCGGUGGCGACAGGCGAGCCAAAGCAAGGAAGCAAAGACAGUGGAGUUGCAGGGGAAGGUGGCCGAACACGAGGAUGGGCAGCAGCAGCUGCAGUCGGCUCAAGAGGAGCUUGAGGAGGCUCGUGCUCGAGAGACGGAGCUGCAGGUUCUGAACCGAAGCAGCCAGGAGAAGGAGCAAAGUUUGCAGCAGGAGUUGGAGGCUGCUCGGGCCAUGGCCUCGAAGGCAUCGGCGGAGCGGCUCGCCAGCCAGCGAUGCAACGAGGCAGCUGCUGAGGCUGCUGGCAGACAGAACCUGCAGCUUCAAGAGGAGCUUCGCGAAGCGCAGGUGGAACUCCAGCGAGCAAAGGAGCAGCUAAGAGCAGAGCGAGAGGAGCUCAAGCGCGAGAGGGAGUCACACCGAGAGAAGCACCAGGAGAAGAUCCAGGACCUGCACGUGCAGUUGCAUGCAGAGAGAAAGGCUCUGACAGAAGCUCAUGAUUCCAAUCGCACAGAGCACCAGCAACUGCUGGCCUGUGUGCGGCAAGAGCUUGAAGAAGAGCGCAAGCAGCACUCGGAGAGUAAGGAAGGUACUAGGGGCCAGCUUCUGGAACAUGUCCGCCACAUCGGUACCCUUGAAGGGAAGGUCGCUGGCUUGAAUACGGAGGCCGACUUUCUCAAGGGUCGCAUAGCCGAGCUUCAGGACACGUUGAAGGAGUCAGAGGCACACAUGUUCAAGCAGUCCCAGGGAAUCUCCUCCUUGCGGAAAGACCUAGAUAAGGCAAAGACCGAGUCUGGACAUGCUCGAGCUGAGGGCGAAGAGAGGGUGUACAAGCUGCGAAGAGACAGCACGCGGAAGCUGCAGGAGCGCUUAGACAAGAUCAACACCCCUUCGAAAGCGGGAUGCUUCCCCCUCCGGCGUGGGCAAGGUGCUCCUUUCAAACCUCGGCCGCCAUCGCGUUGA